GGAAGGGAGUGAGGUAGAGGCAGAGUGUGUGUGUGUGAGAGAGAGAGAACUGUUAAAACGUCUGUUUGCUCUUGCCAGUCUCAGCAUCGCUCAGUUUCUGCAGGAGGCUGCAGCUCCAUCCCUCCAGGAUCUCCACUGGCACCAGUGACCAGAUAUGAUCUACCCACCACCCUGUGCACCCGUUUAACUCUGAGCCGGAAUCGCUUCAUUUUUGCAUGGAUGAUAACAGCCUUCCGCAUGUUCAUGGAUUUCUCACACCAUAUGUAAUCUGACUCAAACACGGGAUUGGUGAGAAAAAAAGAAAAGACAGUAGAGUAUCACUCCAAGUGGUUUCCUACGUUUUUUAGGUCUGUGGAAACAGCACUUUAGUCAGGCAUGGGCAUGGGACCGUGCGCCAGCCGAAUGGGACCGGGUGCAGUAGGAAGAGCAUCUUCCUGAAGGAGGAAAAGCCCGUCUUCGGGAGUUUGUUGUUCUUACCAUUAACAAUUUAUAUUCUUUUUUUUCUUUUUCUUUUUUUCCUGCCGGGGCAGGGGACUGUGGGUUUUACGCGCCGGAAUGAUGCGUCCCAACCGAGGCUUCAUCCUGCUCCUCCUCAACGGAACCGCUUGUUUGGUGGCACUGAGUCAAGAAGAUGACUCCUCAAACUCCAAGAGCUCCUCAGAUGACUCCUCCCAGACAGUGGGCCUCCUGGGCGGGCAGGCUUCGCUCUCACCCCUGAGCCGCUGGAUGCUACACAGUAAAAGCAGAGCUGCUAACGCCACCUCUCUGGAGCUGCCCUACCACUCUCCAGUCCCUUUCUCAAAGCAGGAGUUUUCAAAACAGGAGUUCUGGGAGAUGUUGGGCAGUGAUCUGCUCAAACCCGACGCCUCGAACCCCAGGGUCAAACGCCGACCAAUUGUUAAAACCGGCAAGUUCAAGAAGAUGUUUGGCUGGGGAGACUUCUAUUCCAAUAUCAAGACAGUAAGGCUUAACCUGCUAAUCACCGGCAAGAUUGUGGAUCACGGUAACGGCACAUUCAGCGUCUACUUUCGACACAACUCCACAGGCCAGGGCAACAUCUCAGUCAGCCUGGUACCACCUGUCAAGGCAGUAGAGUUUGACCUGGAGCGCCAGAGUGUGGUCUACCCCAAGGACUCCAAGAUCUUCAACUGCCGCGUAGACUAUGAGAAGGUGGAUCGCCAAAAACGCACCUCGUUGUGCAACUAUGACCCAUCCAAGACCUGUUUCCAGGAGCAGAUCCAGAGCCACGUGUCCUGGAUUUGCUCCAAGCCUUUCAAGGUCAUCUGUAUCUAUAUUUCCUUCUACAGUACGGACUACCGCCUGGUGCAGAAGGUCUGCCCGGACUACAACUACCAUAACGAGAUGCCCUACCUGCCUUCGGGCUAGAGGACCUGUAGGCGGGGAGGAGAGGCAGGAGGAGAGAGGAAAAGGGGGAUGAGUGGGAGUGACUGCAACUCGUGAGGAGGAAACCAAGGCUGUGAAUGUCAUAGCGGCAGCGAGACACUUUAAAAAAACCUCUCUGUAGCCUGACUGUUGUAAGAUGUAUAAACAUAUAUGCAAAACAUAAAGUACAGUAUGCAGAUAAUGAGGCAUUCGGAAUGCUUAACUGCAGUAUUCAUUAACUGGACUGGUAGGGAAAAAUCAAAUACCGCCAACUUGCACAUUCUUACCUCAGACCAGUUUCUAUAUGCCAACUUCUCGCCAGCUAUUUCUCUCUUCCAUUAAGUCAUUUGUUAAUGUUGUCUUAAUGUCCUUUUAAACACCCUUUACAAAAUUCUUCUUUUUCAAAGUCACAACGCAGUAUUGUAUCUUUGAUAUGAUCCACUGGAGAGCUGAAGCAAAAUCCAACUUUAUUAAUAUGGUAAAGUUCCACACUGACUGAAACAUACCACAGGGAACAUAAAUCAUUUUUUUCUCAUAAAGAGAAGAUGAAUGUAAAGUGUAACCAACCAUAGGACCAUUCAGGUUACACUCUCAGUCUUUUUAAAGGGCAUAUAUUUAAUGUGAGGGAACGUCCACCCCCAGAACAAUGUUUAAAGUCCCAUCUGCAUUCUCUGAUGCAGCCACCCUACCGUAUCACUGAUGUGUAGUCUUUACCUGCAAAAUCUAAUCAUAAUAUAUCCUUCAGUUACAUUACCCCAGUUCAAUAAAAGAGAAAUAGGAGGUGGAGAGAGGAAAAAUAAUAAAAUUUACAAAAAAAAGAAAAAAAAAAAAGAAAAGAAAUUGCUCAUUAAAGAUUCAGGACUGGGGCUUAAGACAAGUUCAGUGUGAGGAAAAUAACUAGAUUCUGCAUAGUGAUAAAAUUGGCCCUUCACUCUUAAGAGAGAAGGUAGGGGAGUGAAAGACGGGGAGAUUCGGUGUGCUCUUUUAAUUAAAGUGGAGAAGGAGACGUAGAGUAUGCAGCGCCUUCUAUUGUCCCCUCUGUAUGAAAAAGAUUACAUUUUGUUGCCGUCAGGAUUCCUGAUUUCACGCCUUGAUAACUUUGACUGUGUGAGGGAGAUUGCUCUCUCACGACAAAUACUGUGUUCACUAAAGUCAGCCCGUUAUCUUGAAUAAAUGAAAAUAUUAUCAUAAUAAUUACAUGUAAUUUAAUCUCCUUUAGAACUAAUUAUGGUUUCAAUGAGAGGGCAAAAUGUAUUCCUGAAAAUCAAGUCAGCGGGUAGGAGGAUAAGAGGACGUUCAAAGGGAUUGCUGUGUUUUUGUAUGGCGGCAGAAGCCAAAACUCAGCCCAGAAUUAACUGCUCUCAUUAAGAUAAAUGGCCACUGGCUGGCCCAUCUCAUGUUACUCUCACAAACAAUAUCAGUGGAGAGCAGCCACAAUGGAGCUAUGAAUUAAAUAGGGUGACAUGUUGUGUGCUGAGAGGUUACCACUGUCCUGUUUAUGAGGACACAAUGCCUUCUUGGUUCAUUAACGAUGAACAGUCACAAGACAGGUGUGAAGAGUCAUUAAACAGUGAUAUAAGAUAACCAGUUUGAUGCUAAUGUACUGUGACAUCAGUGAUGUAGCCAGAUCUGUGCACACACACGUGUGACUGCAACUGCACAGCAAUCUCGCAAGUGGACCCAAGCAGCAGUAAAGUCACCAUGAAGCCGUCCUCCUGUGGGGGGUAGCAUAAGGCCAGACAUAAAUGCAUCGCUCUGGCUGCGCUUUAUGAGCUUGGAGAGCAAGAGUAGGAGGUUAAAAAAAAAAAUUCGUCAGCUAAAGAUAGUAACAACGAGCUGUACAUCUGCACGGAUUUUUAGUUUAGAGUGGGGUGAUUCUUCUCUAUAUGCAACACACAACCUGUGGCCCGGAGCAAAUGUCAGCUGUGCACAAGCAUGUCUGCAGGUGACAGAUAGCUACACCACCCGCAGCCAUUAUAAAUGGUGUUCAUCUGUCUGAGUCAAACCUCUGUCUCCUUCUGCAUGUUAUUGUUUUAUCUAAGCACAUAUUUCAUAAAUGCUUGGAUGCCCUGCUUGUUGACAGCACACUUAUCUGUCUGCUGUGCCUCUUAUUCCAUACGUUUCACAAUCAACAAUCACUGAAGGGAUUUCCCUAAAGAGGCUCAAUCAAUCAGAGUUCCAACUAUGUGAAAGCAAGCAGAGGCAGAUUUUGAUUCAGCCACAUCACAGUUACAGUCUGAGCAUCUUCUUCUUCUUUUUUUUGGAAAGCAUUCACAGAAUCCCAGUGGAACAUUCAAAACAGGUUUGACAACAACUCAAACUAUAGACCUGAUACUUGUCUGAAAGUAUACUUGUUGUCUUAAAGUCUUUUUCCUUGACUGGAGGAAGUUUCACCAGUUUAAAGUACAUCCAGCAGCAUGAAAGAACCACUGCCUUCUGCUCUGUUCAUCCAUUUCCUCACCCACCAGCUCUCUCUGCCCCUCUCCUCUCCAGACACCCGCAUGUUACUCAGCCAUGUGCCCCGCCGUCUUCAUGCUGUUGUCUACUCCCCACGUGUGACCUGGCUGACUGGCUUCAGCCUCUGUACCCUCCCUUAUCCUGAAGUUGAACCCUGCUGCGGGUAGUUCCUCACUACUGCCCUGCCUGCCCUCCAGCACACUGUGCUGAGCUGAGCUGGCUAAUCUCUGCGAGCUUAGUGUCGAGCCAAGUGAACAUCGGCAGCGAGAACUCCUGUCUCCCCUCUAUCUGUUUCUCUCUAUAGUUAUAUCCCAUCAAACAAAUGCGUGCGCACACACAGUCUUAAUAUGUGCUGGUUUAAGUAUUUUCUUCUCUGCUGUUCAAAGCAGAGUUCUUACAUAAACCCCUGGAAUGUGAGGACGUGAAAUCUCUUCGAGAGCACGCCAUUGUAGUGCCCAUCACAGAUACGGCCCAGUAACCUUGAUAUUCCUCUCCUCGUGUCCCGCAGGGCAUCUGGAGAGAAGUUGGAUACUCAUAUAUGAAGGAAUCAAACUGGUCAACAUGAGCCCUCAACACUGUACCAUUAUAGAAAAUAUCAAGGACACAUGUUGGGCUACCCACUGAGAAGAAGCUCCUCACUCUGCUCCUUACCGAUCCUCUGACAUCUACAGCAAUACUCUCACAGAGACUCCACCCUCUCCGCCUCUCCGGGGCGAGAUAAAGAAAGGCUGCUUGGCAAAGCUGAAGAGAAAGUCAUGUCGCUAUGGGACGGUGUUGUUGGUGGCAGCAGCCUUAUUGUUGACCCACCUGGUGCCAACAGAUGUGGAUUUUUUGGCCUUAGAGACUGCAAGACAACACUGAUCCACACGACAAACAUUAGUAACAAAUUCAGACUGUCAAAAAAAUAAAUAUACAUAUAAAUAAAUGGAUAAAUAACUAAAUAAAUAUAUAUAUAUAUAUAUAUAUAUACAUAUAUAUAUAUAAAGAAUAUAAGUCCUCAGAUCUGAAUAAAGUUGUAUUUAAAUGUGGGUCAUGAAGUGAAGGUUGUCUGUUUUACCUUUUUGUUGCUCAUGGUUUUGUCAUGUGGAUGAUAUACUGUAUGGAUGAAAUGAUGGAAUUUAAUGUGGUUUUCAACAUUUUAAAAAUCAAUAAAGUACACAGAAGUACUUGAGCCACUUCAGUUGUAGAGAAACAGGCUCCGGCAUUAAUAUCUGGUUGUACUCUGUGUGUAGGAAGAGUGUGUCAACAAUGCUGAAGUCUCUAUUUUCUUGUAUUUGCAUACCCAUACUGUGUGCCAAAGGCAAAGAAAAGAUGUGACAAAAAAUUUUGCCAAGGGCUCUUGCAGAUUUAUAUGCAGAGAGAGAAAGAGGAAGAGGAAAAGAGAGUAAGGAGGAAAAUGGGGUUGAGAGAGACCAAGGAAAUAUUUCAACUGGAGUGAUGCAUGAACAUAACUUCAUCCCCUAAUUAGCCUCCUCUUUCGUUUUCCCCCCUCUCGUCUUUUUCGCUCUCAAUUUCUUUGUUGUGCGUCUUCGCACUCCUCUUUCAUUUUAAAAUACAACUGACGGUACAUUCAUUCUACUUCUUAAUGAAAUCCCAGAGAACUGUUAAUGAGGAGACAGGUUCAAAUAUUCGGCUCACAACAUCCCUUUAAACACAAUCGAUUAAGGCAUGGCUAGCGGCAAAGCCAGGCCCUCCACCCCAUUCCCUCCUCACCUCUAUGUUCCCAUAAAAGAGCUGUGUGCCUCAGGAUAACCUUGCCAGAAAGAAUGAAAGGGAAGCAAAUAAGUCAAUGUGGAUAGAAAAGAAUAGCAACCUUAUUUUAGAAGAAAGCAGCAAUUGAGGUUAAUUUUAAAACUUUGAGCAGAAUACCGGGCCAAACAAGCACAUGGACACAUAUGCAGCAGGAUGUGCACGGACAUAUACGGGAUGGAAAAUUCAGGCAACAGUCACUGAUAAUACAUAUCAAAAUUUUAGAACAAGUACAGAUAUUUUAGUUGUCUAAAGAGAAAAAAAACAUCAAGAGUAUUGCUUCUCAAAGAGGAAAGGGCAUUUGAGCAUGAGUAAUGAGAAACUGGACGAUAGUCAAUUGAGAAAAUAACUAGUCGCGGCACAGGGAGGUGGGAGAAGGCGUGCAAAGCUUAAAAUGAUAAAUAGACAUCCAGAAAAUAACCUUGAGUUAUGAAAACGUGUGUCUGGGGGGAAAGAAAAAACCCAGACAAAAUAUGAAACAAGAGACCAGGAAUGAAGACAACGGGGAACGGCACACUUUGUUUUGAAUAACAAGACUAUCAGGUCUGCAAUUUUAUCCUGUGGAGUAACAAUUAUGAGUCAUUUUACUUCAUGACCGGUUACAUCACAAAGUGUAGUAUAAGUGUAAUAAUAUCCACUCUGCUAGUGGAUAUUGCACCUUACGACAUCAUCCCUUACUAACAGUGUUGACAGAGCCGAAGCUCAGGCAGGACGCGCUCAUUUCUUCACACUUUGAAAUUAUCAACAGGGAUUAGAUUAGUAUACACGCAUGCUGAUACACAAAACCAGAGUACUACUGAUGGUUCUGAUUUUAUCAGUCAUCUGUUACUAAUGUGUUCCUGGUUUCUCCUUGGCAACACUCACAUCAGUCUGUAAAUGGUAGAAUGAGACUAAUUUUCUCAGAAUAUCGCAUUGGUUGUUUUUAAUAUUUUUUUAAAUAAUUUUAAUGUCUUUAUUUCCCCCAGGAUCUCUUUUAAUAUCAAAUGGACUUGAUGGUUUUUUCACCCUAAGAAAAAACUAAUCUGAUGAAAAAAACAUGCAAGGGUUGUAAAUAUGUUUCAUUUUAAAAAGACCAUGUCUUGAAUUCUGUAUGAACACCCUCGCCCACCAUUUGAGUGCCUGUAAUCUUGUCUUACAUCAUGUUGGCGACCACAACUGCAGAUCUUAUAGAAACUGAUUAGAGCUUUUGUUACCUGGAUACCAACUCCAUCCAGAUGCAAUUUAUCAUCAUGUAUUACCUCGCUGCACUUGCUGAAUUUAAAUGCACUUGAUGUUCUUUGAUAUUCUGGACUGCAUGCUGGGGUGGUCAUGGUCAUGCUUUUACUACGGGCAGAAAUGUAAAAUGCAAAUGUACACACGCACUCCUUUUAUGCUAAGGAACACACACACACACGCAUUCACAUAAAGCAGUUUCAUGCCCCAGCAUCCUAAUAGUCUCUGUGCACUGCUAUGCCAAUCAUGUAACCCCAGGUAGAGUGGACAAGCGGGUAGACCAAGUCUGAGCAUCAUGGGAGACAGGGUACAUCAGACAAGGACAAAUACAAGAUCAGCCACUCAACACCCCAAGCUCCUUUCAUGAGGGAGAACUACAGCUCCCCAUCUGCAAUUCAGUGUAAGUCUACACAGGACUGGACAUACAAUACAGGGCAAACACGCUCAACAGAGGCCAGAGAAGAGGCUGGAAGAUUAUAGUGUAGUGAAGGGGUUGAGGAAACAGCGGGGGGGUAGUUGAGAAUGUGAAAGCUUGUUGCGAAAAAAGCACAGAUGGCCUAAGGCUACAACAUGGUGGGAGGAGGAAAGAAUAACUGAAUAAACUAAUUAGAAGGGCAAAAUUUCACACACACCUCCAUCGAGUCAGCACUCCUUAUUUUCCCUUGAAAAAUAUGUUUUAGCUAUAAAUCAUUAUUAUGCAAAGAAAAUAAGGCUUUAAGCUGGAAAUGCAAUAAUCAAAGCUCAGGUUUUUACACUUGAUUGCAUUGUGUAACACAAUAACACAGAAGUUUGGGUUGCGGUGGGCGACAGCAGAUAGCUUCACACGUCGAUGUCAACACGGAAAUGCAAGCUGUGCAUCUGUGUCAUGCAAUGUGGCGGUAUUAGCUGAAGGCCACGAGGAAGACAUUAGGGCCAUGAUCUCUGUAUUAGCCUGAGAAGAGGACACUUCCACUUAACUGAAGGAAGCGUUAGAGAGGAGGGAUGAUUUAAAUUCAGUGACAAUGCUUUAAAUACCAGCCAGGGAUCACAGUUGUGCCCUUUGGCAAAGUAAUUAUUCACUCCCUUAGAAGACGAUCAGGUGUGGAUGUGCGGUCGUGCAUGCGCACGUGCUUUUGGCGGGGAGUGCGCCAGCAUCUGUCUGUGUGCGUGUGUGUGUUCGAGUGAACUGUGAGGCAGCGAAGGAGGUGUGAAAUGCUACAGUUUCUCCUCUUUUCAUGUAACUGAGAAGUGUUUAUGCCAAAGUCUUCAGAGGAGAGAAAAGGGGUGUUCAACUACCGGCUCGAUAUCAGGUGAAAACCGUGAGAAGGAAAAAGGAGGGAGACAUAAAACAAGAGUUAUUAAAGGUUAGCUUUCCACCUCUCCAUCACUGUCUCUUGCCAGCCUGCUGUCCUCCCGUCCAUUAUUUUUCUUCCUUCAUAACCUUCAACCACAGCCAUCCAGAUCUCAGAGGGAGGAGCUCUUUCCUGCUGAAGCAAGACAGAGGCCCAGCCCAGGGGCUGAAGUGAUGAGACUCAUUCAGAAACUGUCCUUCAAAAACUGUAGUCUGAUGGAUUUUUUUUUUUUUUCGUUUUGUUGUGUUUCUGCUUCUAGAUUUCCUAACACAUCUUCAGUCCUUUCCUCCUGGCAAUGCUUCAUCUCCCUAAAGCUCCAUCCACUGCUCCUAAGUUAUCAAGUAGCCUCAACACACACACAGCCACACUCAGAUAUCUGCGGGUGUGUUUCUGCUGACAGUCUAGCCCUUUGUACUGCAGGGCUGUUGUUUGAUAAGUCAAACACAUAGUUAGGGGCCAUGAAGCUUCUCGUUAUCUACCCACCCCCCUCCCCCCGCGCACACACGUAUACACAU